AUUAAAGCCGAAGAAGAAAGAGAAAAAGCGGGAAGAUAAAAAAAGGGAGGGAAGGUGGUGGGGGGCCCACAGGAAAAGGAAGACUGUCGGGGCUGCGAUUCGAAGCCCUCUUGUUACGGAAAAGACAGCCUGCCCCGAGGCAGUAAAAUGAAUUUAAAAAUUAAUAAAAUAAAAUUUCAGUGGCUAAAAAAAAGGAAACGAGAAGUGGCCUUUUUUUUCUCUCUGCAAAUCCCAAAUCCGAGAGCUGCAGGUGGAGAAGAAGAGAAGAGAGCAUUCCCUUUCCUUUUCUUCUUCUUCUUCUUCUUCUUCGUUUCCCUUUUCCCGAUUCAGUAGACAAUGUGAGAAUGUGCUGCGGCUGAGGUUUAACAGAUACAGAUAGAGAGGUUUUGUUCGUUUGGGUUACUUUUUUCCCCCGGUUUAUUUAACCUCGCCGGAGAUCGAUGGCGAGCAUGUCAUCGGACGAGAGCGAGGAGAGAUGCGGAAGCUACAGCUUGAGCGCCGACGUCAGCGAGUCGGAGAGCUGCAGCAGCUUCUCCUGCCGUAGGUUCGACGGCGGCGAGGGUGCUUCCUGCUCCAUGACCCCGUCUCCCCGCGCCGGCGGAGGAGUAAAUAUCUGCUUCCCGGCGGCGGGGUUGAUGCUGCCUGUCAUCGGCAGCGUGGGGAAGGAUCUGGGUUGGGACGGGAAAGCUCAUAAGCGGGGCGACGGCGAUUUGUCUGAGGUUGAAAUGAUGAUGGAGAGAUUUGCAAAGCUGCUAUUGGGGGAAGACAUGUCUGGGAGUGGGAAAGGAGUCUGCACCGCACUCGCCAUUUCAAACGCCAUUACCAAUCUCUCUGGUUCGACACUCUCCACUCUCUCUACUUCUUUACCCAGUUCGUCUUCUUCUUAUUCGGGGGUUUCUAAAGAUGGGUUUUCUUUCUUCCGUUUCUUCCGAUCAGCUACUGUGUUCGGCGAGCUAUGGAGGCUAGAGCCACUGGCGACGCAGAAGAAAUCAAUGUGGCGGAGAGAAAUGGAGUGGCUGCUCUGCGUGAGCGAUUCCAUAGUCGAGCUCGUGCCUUCGAUUCAGAAGUUCCCCGGCGGGGGCACAUACGAGAUCAUGGCAAGUCGACCUCGGUCGGAUCUGUACAUGAACCUCCCGGCAUUGAAGAAGCUCGAUGCAAUGUUGAUCGGGAUGCUCGAGGAGUUCAGAGAGACAGAGUUCUGGUACGUCGAUCGAGGGAUCGUGGUGGCGGAGGAGCGGGAUGAGGAUGUUUUGUAUCCGCCUGGUUUCUCCGGUGGUCGGCCUUCGAUUCGACAGGAAGAGAAGUGGUGGCUGCCUUGUCCGAAAGUGCCUCCAAAUGGGCUUUCGGAAGAGGCGAGGAAGAAGUUGCAGCAGUUUAGGGAUUGCACUAAUCAGAUUCUGAAGGCUGCCAUGGCGAUCAAUAGCAGUGUGCUUGCUGAGAUGGAAAUUCCUGCUGCAUACUUGGAGACAUUACCAAAGAGUGGCAGAGCUUGUUUGGGUGAUGUCAUUUACCGAUACGUGACGGCUGAGCACUUCUCGCCGGAAGCUCUUCUCGACCACCUAGAUGUCACGACGGAGCAUCUCGCCACUGAAAUUGCCAACAAGAUCGAAGCAGCAUUGCAUGUUUGGAAGAGGAAGGACCAGAAGAAGCACAGCAAAGGUCUUCCGAGAGGUCAUAAGCAUCAUCCAUCUAUUUUGGUCGAUGUCUCCAAGGCUCGAAUCCAAGAUCAUAGGCGUUCAACUUUAGGAAGCAAGGUGAAGGGUCUGGUUGUUGCUAAUGGCGAAAAGAAGCAUUGCUUGGCUCAACGGGCAGAGACCUUAUUGCUCUGCUUGCACCUACGUUUUCCAGGUCUCCCACAGACUGCCCUAGACAUGAACAAGAUUCAGUACAACAAGGAUGUUGGGCAGUCGAUUCUGGAAAGCUAUUCGAGAGUGAUGGAGAGCUUAGCAUUCAACAUCAUGGCGAGGAUCGACGAUGUUGUUUUUGUGGACGAUGCCACAAAGCAAUGUGUUGCAGAAGAAGCUGCAGCUGCUUCCGUCUUCAACAGAGGCGGUUUAGGUGGACUCCCCAUUCAGAAGCGGAUGUCACCUAGCCCCUUCUCGAUCCAGCACAGCCCGUUUGCUUCUCCAUUUGCCACCCCGACUUUCUGCUCGUCGACCCCACUGGGUGGCAGCCCAGAAAGGCAACUGCAGGUGUUGAACAGAAGCAAUCCAGAGGAUCGGAAGCUAGGGAAGCCAUUCCCAUUGGAGUAUGACAAGAUUUGGACUUACACUGGCAACCUGAGUGCACGGAGAGUUUCUUCUGGAGAUGCCCCGGAGAGAGAUUGACAACUUGCAAAGUAUUCGAAGAUUCUGCCGAAUCACUCUCCUCGUGAUGCCUCGAUGAUAGUUUAUAGUAGAAGAAUGGAUAGAUGGGUAGUAGAAUUGGUGGUAGUAUCUAACCUUGUAUAUGUUUUAGUAAUAGAAGAACCUUGUUAAAAUUUUGGUCAUGUCCCUUUUCCUUAUCUACUUCUAGUUGAGGAAAUAGGUUUACUCCUGUCUAUCUCUAUUGACUUGUAAUCAAAGCAUAUUCAAGCACCAAACUUCGACAUAGAAAUAUCGAAACAUUCUUGUUUCUA